UUGGAACUUGGCGUCAUGAUACCCGUCACCAUCGUUACUGGCUUCUUGGGGUCGGGAAAGACCAGUAAGUGCUGAAAUGCCUCAGCAAAUGUUGGUGCACUGUCAAUCUUCACCAGGAAGGCUGACGUGUCGCAGCCCUAAUUUUGAACCUGAUACAACAAUUACCCAAAAACUACAAACUCGCGCUCCUCAAGAAUGAAUACGGUGAUGUCGCUGUCGACUCACAACUCGCUUCUUCGCAAGCCAUCUCUGGCGUCCAAGAGCUGCUCAAUGGCUGCAUAUGCUGCAACCUUGUAGGCCAGCUCUCCGACGCCCUCGAAACGCUCUCCACCGACAUCAACCCCGAUCGCAUCGUGAUCGAAACCUCCGGGUCCGCAUUCCCCGCCACGCUCGCAAUGGAAGUCAACCGCCUCAGCCGGGAGACGAGCAAAUAUGUCCUUGACGGCGUGAUGAGCGUUAUCGAUGUCGAGAACUGGCAGGGCUACGAGGAUACGAGCUAUACCGCGAAGAUACAAGCACGCUACACAGACCUCAUCGUGCUGAACAAAUGGGAGCUGGUCGAUGAACGCAGGCUGGAGGACGUCGAAGAUAGAAUAUUGGAUCUCGACGUGGAUCCCCCGAUUCCACGGCAGAAGAGUAGCAAGGGCUGGGUUGACAAGAACAUUGUCUUUGGGCUGGAUGCGAAGCUCGCGAAAGCAGUGGAGCAGCCUAGCGAGAAUGGAUACGCGCAUGACCAUGACCAUGAUCACUCGAGUGAGGUUGAGGUCCUCAGCAUUACGUUGGCAAGCAAAGAUGGCAGUGGCAGCGUCGAUACAGAGAAGCUUGCAAAACUGCUCGAGGACCCUACGAAAGACGAGGUCUACCGUAUCAAAGGCGUGUUGUACGCGUCUACGCCGCCGCAAUCUUCGGACAAGGAUAUCAGCACAUCGGCACCAGCGAGUGGAAGAGGGCGUUACAUCCUGAACUGGGCGUUCGGACGGUGGACUUUCACGCAUGUGCCUGAGGCAUCACCUGCGGCCGGGCAUAGUGAGCCUGAGCUGCGCUUGACUGUUGUAACGGCGAGGUACGAGUCGAACAAGUGGAAGAAGCAGAUUGAGUCCAGCGGGCUCAUUGCUCUGCAAGAUGGUGUGGAGGGGGAGUUGACGGUGGAGAAGAAGGCAUAGAAAGAUACCCAAUGUUCGGAAAUGAUGGACUUUGCAAACAUGUCUUGGUGGCGUGUAUCAGAAACUGUUCACAAAAAUGGUGUGCAUGUGAUGUAUUCUCUGAC